UGUUCUCCCUGCUCCGAUGCGAAUGUCGCGCAGCAGGCCGGGUGCGAGAGGGAGCAUAAGCGAAACAAGUUGUUUGCAGGUAUAACGGAAAAAAGCCGGAGUCCAGACCCACAGUGACCAGCGGUCAACAGACAUUGGACAUCGUUGACCAUCGAUGGAGCACAGAGUGGAAGAGGUUCUCUAACCGGACAGGCGUGACCCAAAAAGCAACGGCAGAGCAGCGGCCGUAAGAACGUUUCUAAGCGCAGCAACUGAGACCGCACUUUCACUGCCUUCAUAAUCGUGGCAGCGGGGAUGUCGGUGUCGGGGAAGAAGGAGUUCGACGUGAAGCAGAUCCUGCGGCUGCGCUGGCGCUGGUUCAGCCAUUCCCAGAGUUCCUCCGGCAGUGGCGUCGGUGGCGGAGGCUUCAUCCAGCAGGAGGGCUUCGAGCACCGAGUCGGCCCGGCCCAGAACCGGUUAAAGAGCCGCGAGCGAAGCGGGCUUCGUAAGGGUAACAGCCCUGUGCACAGCCUACUGGCGCCCACCCCGGGCCCCACUCCCGUGUACGGUCGACCCGGCACCCAGUCGUGGCACCAGCACGGCCUCAUUCAGCCACUGCCGGCGAGUGACGACGCGCCUAAGGGCAGUUUGCCUGACAGCACCGCGACCGAGGAAUCCGGGAGCGUCCGGGAAGAUGCGGGUGGCCAGCCGGGAGACCCCUCCGAAGAGGAAGCGAGAGAGAGGUUGUCUCUAAGCAGUUACUCCAAGAUGAGCUCGCACUCCUCUGACGAGUUCUUCCAGGCCAUGAACCACGCGGAGCAGACCUUCCGCAAGAUGGAGAACUACCUCCAGCACAAACAGCUGUGCGACGUGCUGCUCAUCGCCGGAGACCACAAGAUCCCGGCCCACAGACUGGUCCUGAGCGCCGUUUCCGACUACUUCGCCGCCAUGUUCACCAACGACGUACGAGAGGCCAAGCAGGAGGAGAUCAAGAUGGAAGGAGUGGAUCCCGAGGCCCUGAGAUCCCUGGUGCACUACGCGUACACAGGUGUCCUGGAGCUCAAGGAGGAGACCAUCGAGAGCCUGCUGGCCGCCGCCUGCCUGCUGCAGCUCUCCCAGGUCAUCGAGGUCUGCUGCAACUUCCUGAUGAAGCAGCUGCACCCGUCCAACUGCCUGGGCAUCCGCUCGUUCGCCGACGCCCAGGGCUGCGUGGAGCUGCUCAACGUGGCCCACAGCUACACCAUGGAACACUUCCUGGAGGUGAUCCAGAACCAGGAGUUCCUCCUGCUCCCCACCACGGAGAUCGUGAAGCUCCUGGCCAGCGACGACAUCAACGUCCCUGAUGAGGAGACCAUCUUCCAGGCGCUCAUGAUGUGGGUGCGGCAGGAUGUGCAGCAGCGCCAGCAAGACCUUGGCCUGCUUCUGAGCUACAUCCGCCUGCCCCUGCUGCCCCCCCAGCUCCUCGCUGAUCUGGAGAAUAACAAGAUGUUUUCAGAAGACCUGGAAUGUCAGAAGCUGCUGAUGGAGGCGAUGAAGUAUCACCUGCUUCCCGAGCGCCGGCCCAUGCUGCAGAGCCCCCGCACCAAGCCGCGCAAGUCCACCGUGGGGGCGCUCUACGCCGUCGGGGGCAUGGACGCCACCAAAGGUUCCACGACCAUCGAGAAGUACGACCUGCGCACCAACACGUGGAUCCAGGUGGGCGUCAUGAACGGGCGGCGGCUGCAGUUCGGGGUCGCUGUGAUCGACAACAAACUGUACGUGGUGGGGGGCCGGGACGGCCUCAAGACCUCCAACAUGGUGGAGUGCUACAGUCCUGUGACCAAAGUGUGGUCCACCAUGCCGCCAAUGUCGACCCACAGGCACGGACUUGAUUGUUUGCAGUUGGCGGUCGAGACGGAAGCUCGUGUCUGCGGUCCAUGGAGUGUUUCGACCCCCACACCAACAAGUGGAGUAUGUGCGCCCCCAUGUCCAAGAGGAGGGGGGGGGUGGGUGUUGCCACGUAUAACGGCUUCCUGUACGCAGUGGGAGGCCAUGAUGCACCGGCCUCGAACCACUGCUCACGGCUCUCGGACUGCGUGGAGAGGUAACGCCAUAAGGGUCUGGAACCAAACACCUUCAAUGGGCAUUUUCUGAGUCAGCAGCUGCCGUCGUGGUUCGAGUCACUGCCUCACAAACAAAAGAUCCAGGUUUGAAUCCCACCUCUGCUGUCGUACUCUCGGUAAAGGAACCUACCCUGAACUGAUACAGUAAAAAUUACCCUGCCGUAUAAAAGGGUAAAUCAGUGCAAGCAGCUUAACGAAAGAACAGCCUUCACCCUAUAUUAUUCUUCAUCGUCGUUUGCUCUUGAUUGUUUUUCCCUCUUCAUCAUUCUUCAUUGCUCAUAUAUCAGCUCUCAGCAUCUGUGUCUCACAUUUACAUUCAUUCAUUUAGCUGAUGCUUUUCUCCAAAGCGAGUUAUAAUCUUAAGGUUACAAUUAUUUGCCCAUUUAUACGGCUGUGUAAACUUCUACUGGCGCAAUAUAGGGUAAAUACCUUACUCUCAAAGGUACGACAGCCGGAGGUGGGGAUCGAACCUGUGAUAUGACUGGAACCUCACAUAUACACUGAUAUUCCUCAUCUUCUUGGUUCACUUCUGAAAAUGUAAGCAUCUAGUGACACCACAGCACUUUUCUCUCUGCUUCCAUUCAUGUAUCAUUGAACAACAGCUCCUCCGCUUUGCGGCGACAUGUGCACGGAUGCUCAUCGUUGCUGUGUCAUGUCAAAGUCAUAAAGCAGGGCUGGAUUUUGGCAGAAACUUUGCUGCAGUGCGGUCACACACGCUUCCGUCAGGGAGCGACCGCUGAAAGGAACGGUCACCGAAACCACCGCUGUGACGCAGCAGGGAAGCGAUGCAGGGAGCAGCUUUUUCACACCCGCAGAGAUGUGCCCGGAGAAAAAUGAAAGGCGAUAUCAAACUAUUUACAGUGAGAGAUUGCUUUUGAUCUGGCUGCCACCUGCGAAUGAUCAAUGUUGUGCGGAAAACAGAAAUACCCAGAAUGCCCAGUGUACCACAAACCAAUAGUGUAGGUGGAGCGAGCGACAUGAACUCAAGGGUUCCCCCUGGUGGCGCUGCGUGGUCACCUCAGGAAACGGGAAUUCUUCGGGUUUCUGUCGCCCUCUGCUGGUGAAGAGUAACUCUGCGUUUUUGGACUAAAUGAACCCUAAAUCAACCCUAAAUGAACCCUGAAUCAAAAGGUGUGCGAACAAGUGCUCGGGAGCAUGAGCCGAAAAUUGAAACCAAACUUUAAAAAAACUUUUAAAAAUUUACAUUUGCAUUUAUGAUUGCGCUUUAUUGUGUUUGAUUUUAUACAUAGUACAGUUACGCAACCUUAUAAUGAAGGGCUCUGAAACUGGCUGUGGUCGUGUGCGUGAAUCUCUGACCGCAGCUGUAGACUGUAGUUAGUUCUGCGAAACUAAUAAACGGUGGGAAAAUUAUUGUUUGAGUUUUUCUGAAUUGAACAGAUGAGCAACAGCUACGAGGGACAUUUUUUAGCCUAGAGCUUCACUUUCACCGCAGACCGUGAGCAGCCUUUCCAUCUGCAAGGUUUUGAUUUUAUUACCUUUUAUCACCUUUUAUUACUUUGCAUUCAUAAAGACCGUGGGUGUCAAACUCAGUGCACAAAGGGCCUAAGUGAGAGCUGAAAAUUAGAAAAAUAAGAGCGGAAGAGUGAGAAUGAAUACAGAUACAGUGUCGAGUGCAGUGGUAAAGUAAGCAGGUAAAGGGGUCGAAGGACACACUGCAGGCCUCCAGGCUCCUCCAUCGCUGUCCACUUGACAGCAGUGCGUGUCUCUGCAGGUAUGAUCCAAAGACGGACACGUGGACCACCGUGGCUCCCCUGAGUGUCCCGCGGGACGCUGUUGGAGUCUGUCUG